UUUUGAUUUCUAAACGUAAACACAAAACGUAGAACGCACCGGCAGAGCGGAUUUACGAUUUCGCGCGAAUAGGGACGAGUAGAACGAAUUUAGACGAAUUCUCAAAGAUGCGAAGGGCGAAGAAGAAAAGCAAAUCGCAGCAAUCUUCCUCAUCCAUCACCGACCACGCGGAAUCGCCGACGAAUGAGAAUGUGGAGGAAGGCAAGGACUUUGGCAUCCUCAUAAAUGCGCCGCUCUCGAAAGGUGGACAUUUCGUCUUCAAGUCAGAGAAAGCCUGGACUGUCGACUCGUCGCAAUAUUCAGAAUUCUUUACUUUGAACCUGAAAGCGCUGUCGGCCGCGAUCGACUGCGUUCCGUUCAACGAGUAUGUUGAUGUGGCUGACAAGUACUUUGUAAGUGAUCAAUUGACGAGUAUCUUCAAUGAUGCUGAGAGAGGCAAGACAGCUUAUAAUGUGAUUUUAAAUGAUUUAAAUGCAUCGAAUUUAUCGGAUACCAAAGUUGAGACCAAAGAGAACACGGGGAUCGAUCAAUCAAAGACUGUGGAUUUGAUGACGAAUAUAAAACCAGAAGACAGUAUUGAUGACUUAGAGGAAGAUCUAGAUUUUUUGUUAUCCCUAAAGGAACCUAUCCAAAGCAAUGUAAUAGGAAUCUCACAGCCUGUAAUAGGAAUCCCAUUAUCUACAUCUCAUAAUACUGAUUCCAAAACAAAAUCGAAGAGUGUUUCAAAUAAGCCUAUUGAUUUAGAAAAAUGGUUAGAUACUGUUUUAGAUGAUUAAUUCUUUUUUUUUUAUACAGUGUAUUGCA